CCUCGAAGGAAGUUGCCGUCAACGGUCGUGAUACGUUUCCUAGCAAAUCUCCUUUCCUGAAGAAUCCAACAAGCCUCAUAUUACCAAAAGAUGAACAUGUCAAGAAGAAAAGAAAGACGAGUUUCGAAGAAGAGACAAAACCUUCGGAGAAUUUUGGUAAAACGCAUCGUUUGAGUUCGUCUGAAGAGAGUUGGAACAUAACGUCUAUGUCACCGACAUCACCUUCACCGUCGCCAACUAAAACACCGAACAACAGCUUAAAGACAACCUUAAAGAAAAUUAAAAAAGAAGGAAAGUGUGAAUUCACACCCUCUGCCCCAGAGAUAAUUUCUCACAAUGAUUUGAAACUGAAAAUCAAGAGAAACUCAGUUGACACAAAUCACGAGAGCAAUGGUACUGCCAAACUCAAUGGAGGAUCAGAUACAAAGAAAAAGAAGAAAAAACACAAGGAGCAUCACCAUCAUCAUCAUAACCGUGAAGAGGAAAAGAAUUUUAAUGAUCAAGAUUAUACCAUUCGAUUAAAUCCCAAGGAAAAAACUCGUCUCUCACAUCUGAUUCACACAGAGGUUGAUGCCAAUGGAGGAGCAUCAGUGCUGCAUGUUUAUACCGAUGAAAUUGCUGGGUUAAGAGAAGAAAAGCUUCAGAAGUUUGUCAAACUGUUUUUUCGUGAAGUCUUUGCUGAAAAAAGUGAAGGUGUGGCAAAAAAUGUAAUGGGCAUUGUUCACAAUGCUGCUGGAUAUCUACCUGAACUUGUGAAAUACUUUGGAGUAAAUCAUCCAAAUUUGACAGUCAAGGUUUCAUCUUUAUAUAAAAAAUCAGACCUUGAGACUUUGAAGAUGGAGGAAUUCAUGCAAAGAGUUGAAUCUUCCUAUGAUUGUGGGACUUACCGAUCAGGCCCCCUUCUGCAGUUCAGCUUAGUUGGGACUGUUCAGGAGGAGAGUGGAGGGUAUUUCCCACAGUUUUUGGACUUACUUGAACAAUGUCUCUUUCUGAAGGAGACCAUGCCAUGGGGAAGUUUCUCUGCACUUACUUUACCUGAGCGAAACAAAAGCAAUGAUGGCCCUAUUAUGUGGGUCCGCCCAGGAGAGCAGGUUGUUCCCACAGCAGAAUCAAGAUCACCAUACAAGAAACGGAGAAUUGGUGUAAAUGAACUCCAAAACCUGCAGUACCUUCCCAGAGUUUCUGAACCCAGGGAGAUUCUGGCUGAAGAUAGAACACGCUGUCAUGCUGAUCAUGUUGGACAUGGCUUUGACAGGCAGACAACUGCGGCAGUUGGGGUCUUGAAAGCUGUCCAUGUUGGAGAAAUUCCCGCCUCUAACAGAGACUGCAAAGAUGUGAUCUGUUUUAGUGCUGAAAACUUUAAUUUCCUGACACAGAAAUUGCAGUUGGAUCUUCAUGAACCUCCAGUGCAACAAUGUGUUAGCUGGGUAGAUGAUGCAAAACUAAAUCAACUGAGAAGAGAUGGUGUAAAAUAUGCUGCAUUCCGGCUGAGGGAUAACGACAUCUACUUCAUUCCUCGCAACAUCAUUCAUCAGUUCAGAACAGUUACUGCUUGUACGAGCAUAGCCUGGCAUCUGAGAUACAAGAAUUACUAUCCAGAAUUAAAGGAAUCAGAAAAGCCAAUGGAGUAGUAAAGAAAGAACAUGGGCACAGGUGAACAUGUUAAGGAAUUUUUUUCUAGCACAAGCAGAAAUCUGAACUUGUUGCUCCUUAAUUCUGUUUGCUUGAACAUGUAGAUAUAUACAGUGCUGUACUGCAAUAUGUGAUUCCCUUUUCAAAGCCUGUACGACUUUUCACAGACCUCGACAUUCCACCAUCACAAUGGAUUUUGAAAAUAUUUCACUAUAAGGACAUGAAUACCUGUAGAUUCCCCUACUGACAUUCAGAGCUGGUCUCUGUGAUGUCUACCUCAUGCGAAGUUUACACGUCUUCAAAGUAUGGUAGUAUGCAGUUUAGAAAUUGAAGUGCACUCAUGUUUAUGACAAGUGUUGUCUGACCCCUCACAGUUCCAGUUGUACAGAGUAUGCACGCUGGUUUUCACCAAUGACGGAGUCAGACUCAGAGUUGUAGUCAGAGGUGCAGAGUGAUUAUGUUAUAGUGUAAGUAAGGUAAACUGACAGAGCUGGGUGCAAAAUGCCAAUGCUCCUAAUGACAUGGUUAUUUAGGAGCUAGUGAAAACUAGAUUGUUUGAGUCAUAAGCACUUGGAGGGCCCAAGAACUGGCAUGGUGAUUAUUUUAUCAACCGAGUUGAUAACUUUAAUUGACUGCUGUAAAGGGUCUGUAAAGCCAGCAUUGCAUCCCCAAGUCCUUGUUUGUUCACUCUGAUGAAGGUUUAACACUCCAAACAUCAGCUUUACAAACUCUUUAUGGAGGGUAAUUUAAACAAACAACUCAGUUGAUAAAAUCAAAUUAUCCUGUAACACACACACCCCCCCUAAAAGAAAAACACACACACACACACACACACACACACACACGCGCGCGCGCACACACACACGCACACACACACACGCCUUCAAGCCAUACAACUCGGAGUUGACCUGUCAGUUGUAGAUAUCAACAUUCAGCUUUGUGAAUGGUUACUUAAGUUAGGUCAUCAUAACAAGUGCUAUACCAUAGUUUCUCUACCUUAAUUUUGAUUUGGAAAAUUUUUUAGAAUAUCCUUUAUGGAUUGAAUGCCAGCUGAUUAAGGCUUUUGACAUACAAUGAUUGAACAUUAAAAGAAAGUAGGUACUUAUAGAGCUCCUUCAAAAAUCAUGAUUCACUACAUUUCAUUCUUCAACUUAACUGAUUAAUUACAUAUAUUUUAAAGACUCUUAUAGGAAAAUUAGAAGAGUUGCAUGUGCUCAAACUAGAGUUUUUCUCUUCUGUUUUGUACAAUGUGGUAAAUGAUAAAUCCGUUGUAGGGGUGACCAUACGUUUUUACAAAAUGUGUUGAUAUGAUUUCUUUCAAAUAAAUUUAGAGCCUGUAUAGUUCAUUACAAGUAAUUUUCCUACAAUCUAGGGACAGUCAAACCAAGGCUGACUUUUUAAAGUGUUCAUUGUAGUAAAGAAUUCUGUUCUACACUUUUAUUGACUUAUCCAAAACUAUUUGGUUGAUUUUACUAUGACAAUCUAUAUUGUGCAGAUGUUUAAUCCAUGUUUAUGGUUUUUUUUUUUUUCUUUGAAUCAUGUUGGACAUGGUUCUAGCUUUGGAAAUGUUAUCAUUAUCACUUCCAUGAGUGACCAAGACACAACUUAUCCUUACAAUGUCAAUACAAAAUCAAGCAGACAAGUAGUGAGGGUGAAGACAAAUGUGAACUAGGGGUUUAGUAGUUGGUCCAAUACAAAUUCAACAAACUCGCAUUACAAGGAUUGUAUGAGAGACAGUAAGAAGAGUUACUUGGAAGAUCUGGGAAGUAGAAUUGUUAAGGAUUGGAAAAAUAUUUUUCACUUCUAUAUGAUUAUUAACUAAUUUAUGGAUAAACAUUUUAAGAAUCAAAAUGUAAAAUGAAAUGUGAUUUGCAUGCAUGCUCCCUAUUGGUUCAUUUUAAACAAGUAUGCACACAGUAUACUGCAGUGCUAAUACUGUGAGAGCCUUUUCACAGGCUAAAAUAAUUAUGUAUACUGACUUUGAGAUCUAAAAAAGAGUUUAUGAAUUAAUUUUUUGCCAUGCAUGAUUCAUUAUUAUAUUAUAUCAACCUUUAAAUUCUCUUCUAGUGGUGAAAGCUGUAACAAUUUUUGUAAGUUAUAAAAUGACUUUGGAAUAAGUUUUGCAAUAAGUGAAAACUGUAGUUGCAACUGUUCAGGAAAAACUCCUUAUGGGAGAGAAGAAAUUAUUUUGAAAUCGGAGACUUUCUGCAAAUGGGAACGUUUGUGUUUUACAAGGGGUUAAAAUAGCUGGCAUGUGUAAAUGUUCCUAUGCUUUAGUUCUCUUUGCACUAUGUUUGGUUCCCUUGCAAUGUCGUGAGAACCAUUGCAAGGCACUAAACGAAAUGGUACAUGUUGUAUUAAUAGCUUUCUACAAAUGAAUAAAGGCUGAUAGUUUCGAAAGAAACUGUUCGGGGCUGCGUCGGUGGGAGUAACGAAAUAAU